CGGUGCGGCGGAGCGUGGCGAUGCUGCACUCGCUCAGCGCUGUGCUGUGCCUGUGGGCGCUGCGGCUGCCGGCAGGUACCGAGGCGGCCGCCCGCGGGUUGGACAUCGCUUCCUAUCGGGAGCGAGUACGCGCCAUGUUCUACCACGCCUACGAGCACUACCUGGAGAGCGCUUUCCCCUACGACGAGCUGCGACCGCUGACUUGUGACGGGCAGGACACCUGGGGGAGCUUCUCCCUGACGCUCAUCGAUGCUCUGGACACGCUGCUGAUUUUGGGAAAUGUGUCCGAGUUCCAGCGAGUUGUCAGUGUGCUGCAGGAAGGGGUGGAUUUUGAUAUUGAUGUCAACGCAUCUGUCUUUGAAACUAACAUUCGAGUGGUGGGUGGUCUCCUCUCAGCUCACUUGCUCUCAAAGAAGGCUGGCAUUGAAGUAGAAGCAGGAUGGCCAUGCUCUGGACCUCUCCUGAGGAUGGCAGAAGAAGCAGCUCGCAAACUCCUGCCAGCUUUUCAGACCCCAACUGGCAUGCCAUAUGGAACAGUGAACUUGCUGCAUGGAGUGAACCCCGGGGAGACUCCAGUCACCUGCACUGCUGGAAUUGGUACAUUUAUAGUGGAAUUUGCCACUUUAAGCCACCUUACUGGUGACCCAGUGUUUGAAGAUGUUGCCAGGAAAGCCCUGAAGGCAUUGUGGAAAAACCGCUCAGAUAUUGGGCUGGUUGGUAACCACAUUGAUGUGAUCACUGCCAAGUGGGUGGCCCAGGAUGCUGGCAUUGGGGCUGGAGUGGAUUCCUACUUUGAAUACCUUGUUAAAGGAGCCAUUCUCCUGCAGGACAAGGAGCUGAUGUCUAUGUUUCUAGAAUAUAACAAAGCUAUCAAAAAUUACACGAAGUUUGAUGACUGGUACCUCUGGGUUCAGAUGUACAAAGGAACAGUGUCCAUGCCUGUUUUUCAGUCCCUGGAGGCCUACUGGCCAGGCCUACAGAGCCUCAUUGGGGAUAUAGAUAAUGCCAUGCGGACCUUCCUCAACUACUACACAGUCUGGAAGCAGUUUGGUGGAUUGCCUGAGUUCUACAACAUUCCCCAGGGCUACACUGUGGACAAGAGAGAAGGAUAUCCACUCAGGCCUGAGCUGAUUGAGAGUGCAAUGUAUCUGUACCGUGCUACCCGGGAUCCCACACUCCUGGAACUGGGAAGAGAUGCAGUGGAGUCAAUAGAGAAAAUCAGCAAGGUUGACUGUGGAUUUGCAACUAUCAAAGACUUGAGAGAUCACAGACUGGAUAAUCGCAUGGAAUCCUUUUUUUUGGCUGAAACAGUAAAAUACUUGUACCUGCUGUUUGACCCAGACAACUUCAUUCACAACAAUGGAUCAGCCUUUGAUGUGGUGAUGACACCUUAUGGGGAAUGUGUCCUGAAUGCUGGAGGGUACGUCUUCAACACUGAGGCUCACCCCAUAGACCCUGCUGCCCUGCACUGCUGUAGGAGGCAGAAAGAAGAGCAAUGGGAAGUGGAAGACUUGAUGCAGGAAUUUUACUCCCUAAAGAAAAUCAAGAAAUUCCCUUUAAAAAGAGCUUCUGACCAUGGAGAUGGGGAAAGUGCAAAGAGCCCUGAAGGUGCUUCUUCAGAGAAAGGUGAAGAGAAGAGAAAGUCCAGGAAGAGCUCACACUCCCUCCUGACUUGCCCCAGUCAAUCUUUUAACUCUAAACUUGCAGUACUGGGACAGGUCUUCCUGGAUAAUACCUGAUUCUCUUCUCAUGAUCUGUUUAAAUUAUUGA